AUGCACUCCGGGUCUCGCCUUCUUCCCAUCUCCUACAUCAACCUGCCUGUCAACCCUGCUGACCCGGGCCAUCUAUCAUGCCCCGGCCCUCCCACAAAGGAGAAAGCCGGAGUGAUGCAGAUGGGAAUGCUGGCUCAGCCCGCCUCUCCUUUAGCGACUACCUCCAGUCCCUCGCUCCUGCGCAACUUUGCCAAGCAAGAGAAGGAUCGGCCUCUGGCAGCAAAAUCCCCUAGUCUGGUUUGUGGGGUCUAUGCUGGGGUGGACCCCUGGCCUAGCUUAUCAGCCGUCCCUCCCAUCUAA